AUGCCUUGCUUUCUAACCGAAUGCGACCCCGCAGAAGAGGCUAAGCGCUUUGUCAUGGCCUUAGGAGGCCUAUAUUUAUAUCAUUACCUCGUUGAUACGGUGAUUAUUCGACCCAGUGUAAACUUUGUGCUGCGCAAAGGAUGGUUGACUAAGGACAAGAAGGACAAGAUGCGCGAGUCAUUGUAUAAGAAUGCGGCGGUUGGCGCAUUUCAUAUCUACGGUCUAUACGUUGGGUGGAAUGAGUCUUGGUUUUUCAACAAGCAGGAGUAUUUCACAGAUUUUCCAUACGUAGCCAAUGAGGCACAGCGCUGGUACUACAUGUUUUAUUUGAGCUUCUGGUUCCAAAGCAUUGAUUUUAUGCUAAACAUUACCAACAAACACUAUACUGUCAAGCGGAAGGAUAAUGCCGAGAUGCUUUUGCACCAUUUUGCAACCAUCUCGCUCAUGCUUUUUUCGUAUAGCGUUGACCUCACAAAGAUCGGAAUCUGUGUGCUCAUGCUCCACGAUGUUAACGACCUGAUGCUUGAAACAGCCAAGAUUUUCGUGUAUCUUCAGUGGGAGACCGUAGCAAACAUCCUGUUUGGCUUGUUUGCGCUGUUGUGGUUCAUUGUGCGCUGGUUCUUUUACUCGCAUAAUAUUCUACACAGCGCCUACGCCUUUGCUUACCGGGAUAUCGUCGCGUCAAUCAUGGAAGCCGGUACUUUUCACGGUUUUGAUGCACCCGUGUGGUACUGGGUCUGGGCUGUCUUUUUUGGGUUUUUGUGCUUGUUGCUUGUGCUUCACAUAUAUUGGGGCUUUCUAAUUAUCAAAAUGGUGAUUAAAGCGGUGGGCGACGGUAAUGUCGAAAAAGAUAUUCGCAGCGAUUCAGAGGACGAGGAAAAAAAGGAAGAGUCUAUUGAGCCACUUGAUGCGAAUAUUGCUGGUGCAGCGAAGCCCCAACGCCGCCGAACACCAAGAGCUGAAUAG